AUGGACGUUGAUUUCUACUGGGGAACCAAUGGCGAUGGCACCGAGGAUACGAAGAGCGUCGGUCUUACGGAUCCGCAUCCGCUCAUGAUUAAGAGCCGUCAUGCCGCUGCUGACGCAUACGUGUUCAUGGCAUCCGGGGGCAGGUGCUACCUCUGGAACAUGGCGACGGGUGACGUGUUCCAGUACGUCAAGCCCGCAGACUCGAUAGCAUCCUGGCCGGAUGAAGAAGCCUGGGGGAAGGGGGCGGGUGGAGACAGCGUUGCUGGAGCCGGUUUCCUAGGCGGCUCCUGGUUCGAUGAAGGGUGA